UCAUGUCUUGCUUUUUGUUACAAGAACAGGUUUCCAAAACGUUUCGGAUUCUCGCCUCGGUUACAACUUUUGUAGAAAGCUGGAAGGACGGUUAGCGCCAGGUACUUGUAGAUGGAUGCGCUACAUAGUACAAACAGGUUCCAUAUUUACACACGAACUUUGCAAUGCGGCGAUAAGGGCUCGCUGACAAGCGUGACAGCUGCUUAGGUACUUUGAUGGAUUGCGCUGCAUUACCCGAGGGUGUCAUAGUGACAAAGCUCGGCUCAAAGGCCCGCUUAGUCGCAGAUAAAGUGCUUGAGACAAUCCAAAACAGCAAGAUAGUCGUCACACGUUUCUUGCAGAAGACAAAAAAUGUUCCAGACCACCACGCCAACGGGGAGGUUAGCAGCAAGUGCAUUCCGCUACACGAACACUAUAAGGCGGUGCAGCAGCUUUCCUCCGCGGCGGCAGCAGCAGCAGGGGGCUCAAGGCCAGCAGCGAAAGCCCCUCGCGCAAUGUAUAUGCACAACAAGUCCCUGAUAGAGGUGUUGGGAGUUGAGCUGACACAGGAGCUGUACGCUGCCGUACCUCACCUCAACCAUGAUGUGCUUGUCAAUUACCCGCUGCUCUACAUCUCGGAGUUCCCCAAGAGCAGCAGCGACGUGCUUGUGGGCGGCAGGGACAGCUGGUCACCCUUGCACCAGGUGGCGAUAGAUGUACGGGGACGUUGGAUUGGGAUGGGUCGAAAUACUAAUUGCUAAAUAAUAAUUACGCCGGUCGAAGCCCUGGCGUGUGUUAAGAGGGUGAGGCAGUGAGGGGGGAUUAGCCCCUGCUGAACCCCUGUACGCCAGCACCACCUCCACUGGGUUGAAAACGUGAAAAGCAAGCAAUGUUUGUAUGCCUGAGCGAAAUCGAGAAGGGCAUGCAUCUGAAAGGUUUAUACCUACCGUCCACGCACGCACCUGAUACAAGUUGCUAUUGGGUAUGCACGUACGUAUUUACGUAGCACGACUGCUGGGUACUAGCUAGCUUUUACUUCUAGAUAGAUGUAUGGGAAGAGCACGCAACGGCGCUUGCUAGCUAGGACAAUCCUACUACGCACGGCUGAAACAACCAAAACCCUAAUAACUACUCUCUUUGUACACUUGUUCGUACAACCUGGCUGCAUCCAGGACCUUCCGUUGUACUGCACCUCCAUCAUCUUGGUCCUGGAGGGGCACAAGGAGUUUGCCCUGGUGCCGGACGAGGUGGUGCCUUCCCUCCGCAUCAACUUCACACCCGACUGCUGGGAGAAGACCGUGACGCAUGGCGGCUAGUCCUAUCCCAACGUGCAGGUAGGUAGGUCGGUGCGUGUAGUGGGCACGCAUCGCAAGCAUACUUAGUUGUGUAGAUGGCUAUCUAGGUUAUUGUUACCUAGCCACCGAUAAGUAUUGAGUAUUUGAGUUGUUACACGCAUGCACACAGACAUGCAAACUUGUUCCUUACUUCUUUUCGUCCCUGGCGGAUUCUGUGUGCUGCUGUAACAAGCUAGCAGCCGUACACACCUACCUAGCUCCACGUGCGGGUGGGGUCCGUUCACCAUGCGUGCAUGCAUGCCCUGCACUGCUGCCGCGCGCCCUCAAACACUCACAUACAGUCCCUGCUCAAAGCCACGGGCGGCGCCGUGGUUCCCCUGCGCCCCGGCGACAUGCUCAUCAUGCCGCCGCGCCUCUUCCACAUCGCACGUAACCUCACCAGCCCCACCGUCAGCUGCAACUUCAGCGUGUGUACCAUGGAUGUGGUGCCCUCCGUGCUGUUCGAGACGCUGGCAUGGAUCGCGCAGCGGCCGCAGGACGUCAUGCACUUCGAUUCGGACUUUGCACGGCUGUUGGAUGAUUGCACUCGGGCGGUGCUGCAAGAGGCUCCGCCGGGCAAGGCGAGCAGCAUGCAGGGCGCCACCAGCAGGGGUUGCCUACCGGAUGUACGGACGUCCGUGAGCAGCGCAACGCGCCUCGUCACUUGGUACACCACGCUUCAAUGCAUCCCCAAGGGCUGGGUGACGGGCUUCUGGGGCCCUCUGCGGGACCGCCUGCUGUCUCAGCUGAAGGCCGCACUGCCGCUCCACAGCAGUGCCCCCUGCCGCCGCGGUAGGCUGGCAGCACCGGCGGCAGCAGCAGCAGCGGGGCCGGCGGUGGAAAGGGUGGCGGCGGAGGAAGGUGCGGAUAGGGAUGGCGGCAGCAGCAGGCAGCGCUGCUGCGACGACGGAAACGUGGGCGGGAUGGACACCCGCCGGGGCUCAGCUGCUGCUGCGGGUGGGCAGGAGGCGGCAGGGACGAGGGGGUGUAAUAAGCCUCAACCGGCGGAGGCUGCUGGGCAAGAGCAGCAGCAGGAGCAGCAGGAGGAAGGGGCGCGUUCGGGCGGGAAGACGACGAGGGGUGCGACCGGUGCCGUGGUUCCAGGCAAGAGGCCGAAGAGGUAACAUUGGUGUUUCAUGGCCCAUGGGUCAUGUGUCCUGGUGUUGGGCAGGGCGGUGGCGUUUCGACUGGUCAACGUCUAUGAACGAGGCUUUCUACGCAUUCGCCAUUUCUUCGUCCAGGUCUUGCUGGGUGGUCCAUGUCCCCUGCAGCGACCCAUACAUCUUAGAUGAUGAUGCUUCCUGUUUUCUACAUUUAUCAACAUUGUUCUUGGCUGUUCUACGGCUCGCGGUGUGUAUUCGAUCGUGCUUGGACUGUUAGACAUAGUCAAGGCACCGACGGGUGCAAUUAGCAUUGAAUGGCAGCAGUUCAUGCAACGUGAAGCAGAUACCGUUAGUUAGGUGGCUGGAGAUUCCCUUGCAAGGCACCAACAGGCACCCUUACCCCGCGAGGCGAUUGCCGUUGUUAGCUGCGGUGGCUGACCCGUGGGUCGUUUAAUUGGUGAGUCGGGUUCGGCAAGACGGCGUGCAGUGUAUAAUCUGACAAAGGAUUGGAGCGAGAGAUAACUUGACAUGGAUACCGGUAUCCCUUCCGCAGUGACUAAGCGUGGCGGUCACGACCAUUGGCAUUGAUAAUAAGAACUCCACCAACGUAAGAAGCAGGAUGAAGACCGGCGUGCUGUCUUGUCGUUGUUUCUUUUCUUGGUGUGUUUGCAAUUUUGGAGGAACGCUCUGGAGACUAAAGGGGGGAGCAGUGCUUGGAGGGCAUCCGGCUUGCUUUGCGGCGCUGCUGCUGUGAUGCAGAUACAGAUAGACUU